AGAACUCUCCACAACAGGCCUUUCAUUUUUCGCCUACACUUACUUCCCAUCUAUUAUCUAUCUAGGGUUUCAAAGAUGUUAUCUAGCAGCCAGUUCGAUUCCACCCCAGCAUUCAUUGGCGGUGGAUUUAUGUCUUCCCAGUCAAAUCUGCCCGCCGAUUCCGGUCCAUCGACCGUAAAAACUCGCGAUUCUCAGGGUUUGGUACCGGUAACAAUGAAGCAGAUUAGUGAGGCUUCUCAUUCUGGUGAUGAGAAAUCUAAUUACCUGAUCGACGGCGUUGAUGUCACCAAUGUUACUGUGGUUGGAAUGGUAUUUAACAAGGCUCAAAAGGUUACCGAAACCAAUUUUACCGUGGAUGAUGGUACAGGCCGGAUUGGCUGUAAAAGAUGGCUAAAUGAGAUUAUUGAUACUAAUGAAAUGGAGACGAUACAAGAUGGAAUGUAUGUUCGUGUUAAUGGUCAUCUAAGAAGCUUUCAAGGCGUAAAGCAGUUAGCUGCUUUCUCUGUGAGACCUGUAACCAACUUUGAUGAGGUUACAUUCCACUUUAUCGACUGCAUACAUACACAUCUGCUGAAUUCUAAAUCACUGGAGCAGGGUGGUGGCUUCAGUCAGUCUCAGGUGGCAGAAUCAUCUAUGAACACUCCUGUGCGGAGUGGAUCAAUUGGACAUCAGAGUUCGAGUUCUGUCCAAUUGGCCAAGCAAUAUAGUGUUGAUGGACUCAAGGAUUGUGAUCAACUGGUCUUGGACUGUCUGCAACAAUCUUCAAGCAUGGGACAGGAAAAAGGGAUGCACAUGGACGAACUUAGCCAGCAGCUAAAACUUCCAGCGGAAAAGAUCAAAGAAACUAUUAGAUCUCUUGAAGAUGAAGGCCUCAUAUACUCCACAAUUGAUGAAUUUCACUAUAAAGCAACCUGAUGUAGCUUAUAAACCCUGUUGGCUGCUUUGGAUAGCUAUUAGUUAUGUUAUGAAUUUUCAGGUUAUUGAGUUUAGUUUCAAAUCUUUGUAGAUAGCCAGUCUAUUCAAAUGAGUCAUAGAGAUACUACUUUAAGUUUAAAGUUUGUGUAAUGACCACCUUGCCAAAUGUUGGAUUGUGUCCUAGUCGUUAAUCCUAUGGAUCAGAUAUUUCUGAUCCAGCUGAUGUCUGUACUCUGCAGUGUUAACUUGAUCGGAUUUGGCGUUUCUGCGAAAAUAGGUAAGCAUAGAGAGAUGCCAUAUUUAGCAUUUAUUCAACUCA